AAAAUUGCAGUAAUAUUUAUAUUAAGAAGGAUUUCGUAAGCACGAAGAGAGAAUUUAGCUGAUCUUAAUGUACUACUAGGCAGAAGUGUCAUCGCCGGAGUGUCAUCGCCGGAAAAAUCAUAUUUACAAGAGAUAUUUUUCUUUUGAUAAAGACCAGAGACAGUCACAGCAAAAGGACACAAUAAUAUUCAUGGAGUAUUCUGUUGAUGAUUCUGUUAAAACAAAAUCUCUUCUGCUGAAAAGUAUCUUAGAUGCUGCUGGAUUUUCACCAACCGAAAUAAAGUUUAAUAAGAAUCGCCAUGAUUUUCAUGAUUUUGUAAGCAAGCAACUAUGUGAUGUUGAAGAUACCAUAUAUGUGGGCAGUAAGGCAGAAGGUAUAGCUGGUGGGUUUUAUCACUCAGGGGAGCAAAGUGAUUUAGAUGUAAUAUUACCAUUUUUUCCAGAACUAAAAGUAUAUGACAAUGAUUUCUUGGAAAAUUUAUCUAAAGAAUUAAAAGAGCAUGCCAUUUGUUCUGCAUUACAUGACAGGGAAUUUCCAGGUUAUAUGCAUAUUAUGUUGCUUCCAGGUGUCAAUCUGUAUAUUGAUAACGAAGAAAUUGAAUUAAAAACAUUUUUUCUGCCAAAUGAAUGUGCGUAUAAAGUUGUCCGACAACACCUUGCAGAAGAUCUUAAUAUUACAAGAGACAUUACCAAUAAGUUUGAACCAAAUGGACCUGCUUUAACAGAAAUAUGCUGGGACAAUGUUCUCUCCUCCCAAACACUCGUCAGCGAUAAUGUGACCUGUCUUAGGUAUGAUUACUGGCCAUCUUGUGCAAACGCUUGGAUUAAUCGUUCUAAAGACACUGAUUGGCCUCCAAAACAAAUUAUAGAACAGGUCAAAGCUGAAAAAUGCUUGUUAGCCCCAGUUGGUCAUUUUGAUAGCAGUAACAAGACCAUUCAGUGGCGUUUAUCUAUGAGAGGUGAGAACGUUUUGUUUGAAGAUCUUAACAAUGUCCAAAUAUACUGUUACAUAAUGUUAAAAAUAGUAAUGAAGGAUCACAUAAGGCCAUUGUAUCAAAGUGAUAAUCAAAAGGACAUUUUGUCUUCCUAUUGCUUGAAAAAUUUAAUAUUUUGGUGUGCUGAAAAAGAAAACUUAAAUUGGAGUCCUUCAAACUUGAUUGGUUGCUUGCAGAGUUGUAUACAGAAACUUAUCAAAUUUCUAAGGGAACGAUAUAUGCCACAUUACAUUAUCGAAGAAAGAAAUUUGUUUAAUUCAAAAUUAACGCCUAUUCUUUCUACAUCUUUACAAGUUGAACUACAUAAUUUUAAAAACAAUAUCAUGAAUAUUUUGUAUCUGAAAAGCUUUGAAACAUUGCAAGGAUGUUCAAGGAACUUUUGUCCAGAAUUGUUGGAGAAAGUUACAGAAAAAUCAAUAAUACUUCAAUGUUGGUAUGACAAAAUCAGCAGAUUAUAUUUUGAUUUUACAGCGUAUCAGUACUUUUGGUUAAAAUAUGACCGGUAUCCAUCACUUGAAAGCAUACAAAAAUACAAAGAUGUCUUGAAUAAGAUAGAAAAGUACAAACGAAAAACCGUAUUUAAGAGUGAAUAUACAGUUAUAGUCAGUAGUAUCAUUGGUUUGUUAUCCUAUUCUUUGUAUAGGCAAAUCCCGCUACAAAAAUAUAUUUUAGAUGAAGCGAUCAAAUACCUCGAUCUCACGAGAACGUCUCCAAGGUCAUGUAUACUUUUGCGCUUAGCCUCAUUUUUCUUUAUGGAACGUAAGUUUGAAAGUGCUAUUGAAGUAUGCUCAGAUAUACCGAGACAGAUAAUUGAUGUAACUCCACCAAAACGUUUAUGGGACAAAGUAUAUAAAAGUUACAACCAUUUGCUAAUGUUGUUACUAUCUAUGAAAACUGAGCCUUUAAGGAAACUAAAAGAAGCGAUUUUAGACGCGUGCUAUUCCAUAGAUAUACAGAACGGAUUACCAUUGGAGUACUACUAUAUUUUAAGUGAAUUUAAGAACGGCAUGUUUAUUAAACCCCAUUUUAGGGUUACAUAUAUGACGGCGGAAAUGUGGGCUGUUCCAGAUGUUCUAAAAUAUGAACUUUUAUCAGUUCCUGAAAAAUUGAAGACAUUUUAUGAUGACAAAUGUCCAUAUCCUAACUACGAUGAUGUUCCAGCAAUACGCAUACAUCCUCUUCUAAAUUGUUACCUAUUACAGUAUCUCUGUUACGAGGCAAUAGGAAGAAGAAAAUUAUGCCAUGAAGUUCUGACAAAACUCAAUUAUUUGACGGCAAAGGAAGCAACUGUUGACGAAAACAGUGUUUUGUUUUACAACGUUGUGGCUUACUGCAACAAAAAAUCAGGUUACUAUAGAAAAGCAACGAAAUACAUACUGCGUUCACUGAAAACAAAACCAUCACGUCGCAAUGCUGCAUUUGGAUAUUUAAAAUCUAUGAUAAAUCAAUCAUUGACCUUGGUUAGGGAAUGGAACAGUAGUCCUAACUGAUACAUUUAAGCAUCAGACUUACAUGGUAUCGCAUAUAUGAAAGUUGUGUUGUCCAAUCGAACGCACUGUGUGCGCAUGACUUAGAAAUACUGAAAGACACACUUUUAUUCCUUGACUUAUUUUCUCCUCCUGUUCUAAUCUACGGAAAAUGGCAUGAUUUCUCUGUUCACAACAAAACAACAUAAAGCAUAACACUUUGAACGUGGGUUUACUACUGAAACGUUAGUUUAACAAAAACAUACAUACUUCACCGUAAACGAACUAAGUUAUGAACCCUGUCAGUGCAGAUCGUUUGUCAUGACUUAAUAUUUUGCUGCUUUAUGCACUUUAUGAUUAUAACACACUGUUGACUGCUGUACUCCAAUUUUUGACAUUUUUACUUAUUAUGUCUCUUUUUCUCACACAUUGUUGUUAAUGUAAUGGAACUUUAUGCGACUGUCAUACAAGUGACAGGUUUAGCUAGCUAUAAAGCCACGUUUAAUCCACGAUUUUCGACAUAAGGAAAUGCCUGUACCAAAUCAGAAAUAUGAUUGUUGUUUUGCAUUCGUUUGAUGAGUUUGAGUUUUUGAUUUUGCCAUUUGUUAAGGGACUUUCCGUUUUAAAUUUUUGAGGAGUUCGGUAUUUUUGUUAUUUCAAUUUAAAAAAAAAAUUUUAUAUAUAAAAUUGAGUACCUGUGUGAUGACACGGGACGUUUGCGCUGUUUUAUAGAACAUUUGCACUUUUUUAAGUUGACAUUUUCGCUUCAUCUACAGAACAUUUGCGCUUAAUCAACAUAACAUUUUCGUAUUGGGCUUGAUGAUUUCCCUCCUCAUUUACCCACCCUGGAAGAAAUUUAUAUAACCACUUUCUUACUUCACAAUGUACAAUUUGUAUUCCUCAGAGAAUCUUUUUGACUGAAUAUUUCGCCUCUAUGCUUGUUUUAAUGAAAAUGACAACAACAAAUACAGAUAAAUUCCUAAUAACAAUCAUGAUUCUAUCUUUAAAGUCAACAAGAACUGUAAACGGUAUAAUAAACACGUUAUGCAUUUCGUGUGUUUGAAGCUCUUUACUGGAUUUACUUUCAUCAGGAAUGAUCAAACAAAUACAUUUGAAAGCCAGGGAUUUACAAAUAUGUAGACACGUUAGAAGGAACACAGAAGUAAUGAAGUUUCCGUUUUUGAAUCGAUGAAUGGUACCCAUACAAGUUGGUUUAAUCUGCAUAUUAAUUGUUACAACUCAUUAAAUUUGUUUAGGUUAAAGCUACAAGUGGAUUUUAAUCUGCGUAAUUAUUACAACUCAUUAAAUGUGUAUAGGUUAAAGCGCAGAUGUUCUGUCAAUUCAAUACAGGUACGUCAAAAUUUAAAGCUCAAAUGUCCAUAGGAUUUGAAGUGCAAAUGUCCAUUCGUGUUACAGGUAAACAUGCGCAAACAUCCUGUGCCCGUGAUCGUUGUCAAUUAGACAACUUUUGAAUAAGGCCACGUGACAAAUAAGUGAACAUUUAUACAUCUAUGUGUUUCUACGUUCUGAACAAACAAAUAUUCAUAUUAUCAGAAGUCCAUAACUAGUAAUGGACUCUUGAUACUAUAUAUUAGAAAGAUGAUAAAGGUCCAAGGCAAAUCACAUGUAAAACAUGAUCAUCACCCCAAUAAAGAAAGGGAUAGUGACAUGAAUUUAAAAAAUUCAUGACAGAAAAUGCUACUUUUGUUAAGAAACAUCAAAAGAAGAAUUGCAUUUUUUAUCAGACAGUCAUGCUCAUGUUAAUUGUAAACAAACCAUUAAUCAAUGAUCUUACAAUACAUAUACUAAUUUUCGUUUGUUUCUGCAGUUAAUAAAUGUUUAUUAUUAAUGACUAAUGAGGAUAUUUAUGUUAUAAAACUUAAAUUAAAUAUGAUAUCAGAACUAGCGGAAAAUAGUGAUUCAUUACAAAAUUAAAUGAAAUACAAAAUCUGAUUUUAGGAAUGAUGAAGGCGUCUCUCUUUGAUGUGUUUCCUUCGUUUUUUGUUUGUUACACGGAUUUAUUUUUCGCUUAAUUGAUUUAUGACUUUUAAGUUGUUUAUUAUAUUAUGAAUAAUUAUAUUUUAAUUAAUAAACUAAUCUUCCCUUCAAAAUUCACAUUGACAUGCAAAUAAAAUUUUCUAUACCAAUCAAUCUACAGAAUAAUUUCAUUAAUUUUAUAUUUGUGAAGAAAAUAUUUUUGAGAGAAAUAUGUAGCAGACUAUUUAAAGAGAAAAUCUAGGUAUGAAAAAAUAAAAAGAAUAAUUUCACAAUGCAAUAUCAAAAGAUCUUUCUAAGAAAAAUUGCUAAGUAUUUUUGACAAUGAACUUACAAACUGUCUAUACUUCCAGUUUACAACAAUUUUGAUAAGACCAGCUGUAAUCUUACUAUGUUGUAUAUUAUGCACAAUGGUAGUUCUACCUUGUUUAACUUUGCACAAUGUAUUUCAACUGUUUGCCUCUUGUUUUAAUAAAUUGUUUUGUAAAUAAAAUCUAAAAUCGACAAAUUAUUCAACUUGUAUCAUUCAUAUCAUGUCAAUAUCAAAUAACUGAUAAAUGAAUGAUUGGUACCCUCCAUCGUGCUUACUUGACCAACACAGAUUGUUUCAGUUAUCCUACAUUUAACCUCGGUAAAUUACAGUUUCAGAUUAUCUUAUCCGACACAAAGGUUGAGAUUCCAAAGGGUAUUUAGCUACUCUUUGGUAACCAUGUUGGUCACCUUACAAAAGCAUAAAAAAGAUAAGCAUGCGUUUUUCAUUCUAUGCUGGAAAUGGUCAAUUAUACAACAGCAUCGAAAGUUG